AUGGCGAACGAAAUCAUUGGUCAAGAGUGCCCUGGGCUUCUCAAACAUCUUCUUGAUGGUCUCCAAGAUUUAUAUCGCGAACCGUUUCCUCAUGUUCCGAACCCAUCCUCCGUCAAAAAACGAGCCUCGGUUGCUGUGAUUCUCCACGUUCGACCAAGCUAUGACCAUUGGCCUGAGACCUCCUCCGAUGAUAACACCGGUUUGCCGAUUGAAAAGUCUCUACACAAUUUUUGUGAGCAAGAUUGGGUACAAAAUGGCGAACCGGAAGUAUUGUUCAUCAAGCGCUCCACCCGGGUGGGAGAUCGAUGGACCGGUCACGUAGCAUUGCCUGGCGGGAAAAGAGACCCCGAAGACAAGAAUGACCAAGCUGCAGCUAUUCGGGAGGCCGAGGAGGAAAUUGGUAUUGAUCUGACCGGCCCAGAUUGUAUUGCCGUGGGAAACCUCCCGGAGCGAGUGGUCUAUGCCAACUUCGGCUCUGAAAUCCUGAUGGUCCUAUGUCCCUUCGUAUUCAUCGUCACUAGCCCUACCAUCCCGCCUCUUCGUUUGCAACCCACCGAAGUAGCAUCGAUUCAUUGGGUCCCGCUGCGUGCUCUCCUCUCACCUUCUCUACGAACCGUUGAAUAUGUGGAUGUAUCUCAAAGACUGCGGCUGGCAUUCCCAGGUGGAUUUUUACCUCGCCUGGCAAUCCGUUCUUUGAUGGGCCAGAUGCAAUUCUCGGCCGUCCGUCUCAUCCCCUCUGAAAGCCAGUAUUGCACGACGACUAAUGGUUUUAUCCCUGAUGCUAUUACCAAAAGAUCAAUAUUCCACAAGAUCGAACGGUGGCUUUUAAGUAACCAAGCGGACUCGACUGACAUUGCUCGCCCGCUGCUGCUUUGGGGACUGACACUUGGAGUCAUGACUGAUUUCCUUAACAUACUUCCACCGCAUCGCUCAAUUCAGCAGUGGGAAUAUCCCACUUUCACUACUCCCGACCUCCGCUUCAUUGUGAGCUUAAUGACCUCCAGCCUGAGGAAGCGCAAUACCCUCAGUGCUACUUCGGGCACCCGGCCUCAAGAUACGUCCGAUAGGAGCUGUAGGACUAGUCCUGCUGGGACUUUGGGUCUUGGUGUGGCAAGAUACUAUGAUUUGAAACACAGUCCUACAGAUGGGACGAGCUAUGCUGUAGGCAUUUUAUUGCGCGGAUAUUACCAGCGCAUGACCAAGGCCAUAUAUGUAUUCCUAGCAUGGCGCGCAGCAGUUACGUCAAUCACCGGCAUAGUCGUAUGGCGCUUUCUCCGCCGUCUUUGA